CUCACAGUGACACAAACUUUUCCUGUCUAGGCAGUGCUGUAGGCUGGCUGCUGAAUGACUAACCAGUUAUAUCACUAUCAUGCUCUGCCACGACUGCAGGAUAAGGAUUGCCCAGAAGAAAAAAAAAGCUUGAAGAUGAAUACCUGAAGCUCUGCAAGACAGAUUAAAGCACAGGCAGCAGCAGUGCACGCAAAGAAUCUAUUCCCAGGACCAUGAAAGGAUGCCAAGCCAUUCUGCUUUCAAUUACGUGAAUAUUACACCUCCUGCUCCAAAGACUGCAAGGACAGAUUUGACUUUUGGCUUUUCCUUGUCAUCCUUUUCUGGGGGUAUUUAGGGUAAGAGCAUCCCAGGUUCAGCCUGCCUGACACUGCUGCAGCCAAGCUGACAUACUGGCACAUCCUGGUUACCAGUGUCAGCAGCAAUGGUAGAAUUGAUUAAAAUGUGAGUUUGAAGGGUGAGCCAUAUGUGCUGGACAUCCUGGACUCUUCAGAAGCCAUGGAUUCCUCAGGGGAACCACCACUAGAGAGAAGAGAUGCAAACUGGUAUGAUUCACUGGCUGCGUAGUUAAAGGACACUGGGAAACUGGGAGCAUGAAGUUUUGUUUGAAGAGAACUAUAUUUUGAGGCUGAAGUAUUUUCUCACUUUGGACUGUCACCUCAUCAGACCUGCCAAAAGUUUCCAGCUUUUGUUGUGUUUGCAGGUAUGAGGCAUUCAGAUGCCUUGACCAGCACACGAGGAGACUGAAACACAGCAUGCAGUAGACAAGUAAAAUGUCCAUCCAAGCAAAACACAAAUCAAGAACUACAAACACUUGGCAAGUCUUGGCCAUCUGCAUGGUCUUAGCUGCAAGCCUCUCCAAGCAGCAAGCACUGAAGCAGGCUUGUCCUUCAUGUGAUGCCAGUCAGCUUUGCAACUGCUUCUCCAUGGGCUUGGAAUUCAUUCCCCCUGGGCUCACAGCCAAAAUCACAGUGUUAAACCUGACCCACAACAGGAUAAAGCGCAUCCAGUCCCAGGACCUGCAGCAGGCAGUGAACCUGAGAACCCUGCUGCUGCAGUCCAACCAAAUCAGCUCCAUCGAUGAAGACUCGUUUCAGUCGCUGGCAAAACUGGAGCUCUUGGACUUAUCCAAUAACAGCUUGACUCACUUGUCCCCUGUGUGGUUUGGGCAUCUUUUUUCACUCCAGCACCUCUAUCUUCAAGGCAAUUCCUACAGAGACCUGGGGCAGAGCUCCCCCUUUUCUAGCCUGAGGAACCUGAGCUCUCUGCACCUGGGCAACGCGCAGUUCUCUGUGAUAAGGCAAGGGAACUUUGAGGGCAUUGAGCUUCUGCACAAGUUGUGGAUUGACGGUAGCAAUCUCAGUCAGUAUGAGCAGGGAAGUUUGAAAUCAAUUAAGCAGAUAAAUCACAUGAUCAUAAACCUAAGAAAUAGUAAUAUAUUCUCAGAAAUUGUUAGGGAUCUUGUGAACUCUGUCACUUGGCUGGAAGUGACAGAAAUCAAAUUACCGGUUGAAAAAAAAAGUUUGGUGCAGAAUUCUACACAUCCUUUUAGGAUGCAAAAACUUACCUUUAAAGAAGCUUUCGUCACAGAUCAAACCAUUAGCAGAACAAUAGUGUCACUGAAGGAAAUCACGUCUUUAAAAGAGUUAGAGGCAAUCAAUUGUGUGCUUGAGGGGAAGGGAAGAUGGAACACUAAAGAAAUUGCAAGGAGUGGGCAAAGUUUUGUUGAAACAGUAACAAUAAUAAGGGUAAUGAUUCAGAAUUUUCAUUUGUUUUUUGACCUGGAAGGUAUGGAGUCACAAAUAAACAAACUAAAAAGACUCACUAUCGCAAGCUCUAAUGUUUUCAUGGUACCAUGCAAACUUGCAAGACAUUUUUCAUCACUUCUGUAUCUGGACUUUCAUGAUAAUUUGCUUGUAAAUAAGCGUUUAAAUGAGACAAUCUGUGAACGUUCCUGGCCUUCAUUGCAAACUUUAAAUCUAAGUCAGAACUCUCUAAAAUCUCUGGAACUGACUGCAGAGUAUACAUCUCGUCUGCCCAAAUUAAAUAAUCUUGACAUUAGCCAAAAUAAUUUUGGGGAGAUUCCAGAUGCAUGUGAAUGGCCAAAACUCCUGAAAUAUUUAAAUCUGUCUAGCACUCAAAUUCCUAAAUUAACGGCCUGCAUUCCUCGAACGCUAGAAGUUUUGGAUGUCAGUGGAAACAACCUGAAGGAGUUUGGGCUGCAGCUGCCAUUUCUGAAAGAGCUGUACCUCACAAGGAACCAGCUGAAGACCCUGCCGGGAGCCGCACCCAUUCCAAACUUGGUGUCCUUGUCUGUCAGAAGAAACAAGCUGAACAGUUUCUCCAAGGAGGAGUUUGAGUCCUUCAGGAGAAUGGAGCUGCUGGAUGCCAGUGACAACAACUUCAUCUGCUCCUGUGAGUUCCUGUCCUUCGUCCACCACGAGGCCGGGCUAGCCCAGGUGCUGGUGGGGUGGCCGGACAAGUACGUGUGUGACUCUCCGCUGGCGGUGAGAGGGGCGCAGGUUGGCUCUGUGCACCUCUCCCUGAUGGAGUGCCACGGGUCCCUGGUGGUGUCACUGAUCUGCGUCCUGGUGUUCCUGCUCAUCCUGCUGCUGGUGGCCGUCGGCUACAAGUACCACAUGGUGUGGUACCUGCGGAUGACGUGGGCGUGGCUGCAAGCCAAGCGGAAGCCCAAGCGCGCCCCGCCGAAGGACGUCUGCUACGACGCUUUUGUCUCCUACAGCGAGAACGACUCCGACUGGGUGGAGAACACCAUGGUGCGGGAGCUGGAGCAGGCCUGCCCUCCCUUCCGGCUCUGCCUGCACAAGCGGGACUUUGUGCCGGGGAAGUGGAUUGUGGACAACAUCAUCGACUCCAUUGAGAAGAGCCGCAAAACGCUCUUUGUGCUGUCCGAGCACUUUGUGCAGAGCGAGUGGUGCAAGUACGAGCUGGACUUCUCGCAUUUCCGCCUCUUUGAUGAGAACAACGAUGCAGCCAUUCUCAUCCUCCUGGAGCCCAUCCAGAGCAAAGCGAUUCCCAAGAGGUUCUGCAAGCUGCGGAAGAUCAUGAACACAAAGACCUACCUGGAGUGGCCUGCUGGUGAAGAGCAGCAGCAGGUGUUUUGGGAAAACUUGAAAGGUGCCUUGAAGUCAUAGAAAUCAGCAGCCCCUAUUUCAACGUAUUUCCACAAAAAGGCUGUAUACCACUAUUUCUUACUGCUAUGAAUCUUUUCUUUCUUAUUUUUCUUUGUAACUGCAACUGGCUUUUUUUUUAUAUAGAGAUAAUUGUAAUUUUACCAAGGCCUUUUUCAUGCUUUCCCGUGGUUUGAUGCUUUGGUCUUUGAAAGCCCCUGCCAAUAACUAUGAUAUUUGGAAACUGUGUUGGACUUGAUAUACUUUUCUAAGUACAUUUUGCUGAGCGCGGAGUAUUUCUGUACAUUUUACUCCUUUUACCGCUAUCCCCAGCUGGUCUCUAACAUUGCCAUUGUAAUUUUCAAAUGAAAUUAAAAGCCAUGGGCUUGAAUUAAUAUUUCCCUGUGUCCAUUUCUUCCUGGGAAUACUUUCUUUUCUCUUCAUGAUCACCACCACUUUCCUUUCUACCUACCAGCAGAAAUAGCUGAAGCCUAUUUUUGGAUGUGAGACUGUGUUUCUAAUGUGUGGGCUAGAUGGUGUUGCAGACUGCCUCGGUUUUAAGUUUUGCUCUUCUACGUUGUGGAGCAUAUUUAUAUAAUCACUGGGCCAUGCAAGUCUGGCAGCUCUAGUUACCUUCCUUUGUAGCUGGUGAAGAAAAUCACAGGGAUAAGAGGCAGUUCAUCUCUCUACUUCAGUGUGAGGUAUCUCCUAGAAUUACCAUAUUGCUCUCCACUGAUAACAAAGGGAGUCUAGACAAGCAGGUAGAUAGAGAUGUUUACGUUAAGGUAGUCAGUCCCACACUGAGUGCUUGGAUUUCUUGUGUUUUAGAGUUUCUUAUGGGAACCUGAAAUUGUCUCUGAGGGGAUUAAGUUAGGUGUGGUUUAUCUAACUCAACAUUUUCAUGUUCCCCUUUGGUUGUUUUGCUGGAGUUUAAGUACAGGAAAGUCUAGAUCUUGAUGAAAUUUUAGCCAUGCAAUUAUUUUGUGAUGAAAUACUAAAGC